AAAAAAUCUUUUCAGCUACCAGUCAUUUUGUACGGAAGAGAAAUCGUUUGUUUCUUCAGUGCCAAUUGUUUAAGGAACUGAAGGCGUCUCAGAGGCGCUAUGAUUGUAGGGUUAUUACUUCUGGGCAUCGUAGGCUGUUCCUACGGUCGGCCCCAGAGCAAUGACCUCCAAGUCCCGGGUGCUACUUGUCACCCAGGAUCCAAAGACCAGCUUGUACCCCAUGAAAGUGAUUGCACGAAGUUCUAUUCAUGUCUGAGCGGCCGGCGAUCUCUAGAACCAUUGCAGUGCCCUCUGGGGACGGAGUUUUCGUCCAAAUACCAGGUCUGUGUACCCGCCGUUCUAUCUGAUUGUCAACGGUCAGUAGAUAUUCAAUAUCUACCUACAAGUUUACCAGACGAUGUCCUCCGAAACGGAUGUCCCAAGGAUUUUAGCAGACAGUUACUUCUGCCUCAUAAAUUAGACUGCAAUAAGUAUUACUACUGUGACCGUGGCGAACUAAAGUUAUCCGCCUGUCCGGACCUGAAGUUGUUCAACUUCGAAAAACAACAAUGUGACUGGUCAGAAAACGUGGAUUGCCUCUAUGAUGAGUUCAGCUAUGAACAAGAAGCUGGAUAUGGGCAUGCCACCGCUCUUCAGAGUCCAAACUUCCAGGAACUUUCGAACGGUUGUCCAUCAGACUUUAGUUUAAACUGGCACCUUCCUCAUGAAAAUGACUGCAACAAAUUCUACCAAUGUCUCUUUGGAGAGAAAGUAUUGAAGUCAUGUUCCAGCAGUCUUCAUUUCAAUGCCCAAAUACAGGUAUGCGUUUUUCCUGAGGAAGCUGGAUGUGAUGGAAGUAAUGGCAACAACGGAGGUGGCGGUGGCAACGGAGGUGGCGAUGGCAACGGAGGUGGCGGAUGCAACGGAGGUGGAGCAUUCAGCGGAGGUGGCGGAUGCAACGGAGGUGGAGGAGGCAACGGAGGUGGAGGCGGAGGCGGAGGCGGAGGCGGAGGCGGUGACGGUGGAGGCGGUGGAGGCGAUGGAGGUGGAGGUGGAGGAGGAGGAGGUGGAGGUGGUGAAAAUGGUGGAGACUUCGACAAGCUGCCCAACGGCUGCCCAUCAGACUGGAACAUUAAUUGGCACCUUCCUCAUGAAUCUAACUGCAGCAAAUUUUAUCAAUGUGUCUUUGGAAAGAAAGUAAACAAAACUUGUCCUGCAGGAUUACAUUUUAAUGCAAAAUGGCAGGUUUGUGAUUGGCCUCAAAACGCGGGUUGCUCUAAUAAUGGUGGAGGAGGUGGAGGAGGUGGAGGAGGAGGAGGAGGAGGAGGUGGAGGUGACGGAGGCAAUGGAGGCGACGGAGGCAAUGGAGGCGACGGAGGCAAUGGAGGCGACGGAGGCAAUGGAGGCGACGGAGGCAAUGGAGGCGACGGAGGCAAUGGAGGAGGAGGUGGAGGAAGUGGUGAAGGUGGCGGAGACUUUGACAAGCUGCCCAACGGCUGCCCAUCAGACUGGAACAUUAAUUGGCACCUUCCUCAUGAAUCUAACUGCAGCAAAUUUUAUCAAUGUGUCUUUGGAAAGAAAGUAAACAAAACUUGUCCUGCAGGAUUACAUUUUAAUGCAAAAUGGCAGGUUUGUGAUUGGCCUCAAAACGCAGGUUGCUCCGAUAAUGGUGAAGGCGGUGGAGGUGGCGGAGGCGGAGGUGGAGGAGGUGGAGGCGGAGGUGGAGGUGGAGGUGGAGGUGGAGGUGGUGGAGGCGGAGGUGAUGGGGGCGAUGGAGGCGACGGAGAUGGCGGAGGUGGUGGCGGCGGAGGUGGAGGCGGAGGCGGAGGAGGAGGAGAUGGAGAAGGCGGUGGAUGCGAUGGAGGAGAUGGAGGAGAUGGCGGCGGAGGUGGAGGUGACGGUGGUGGAGGCGGCGGAGGCGGAGGAGGUGGAGGAGGCGGCGGAGGCGGAGGAGGUGGAGGAGGCGGCGGAGGCGGAGGAGGUGGAGGAGGUGGUGAAGGUGGUGGAGACUUUGACAAGCUGCCCAACGGCUGCCCAUCAGACUGGAACAUUAAUUGGCACCUUCCUCAUGAAUCUAACUGCAGCAAAUUUUAUCAAUGUGUCUUUGGAAAGAAAGUAAACAAAACUUGUCCUGCAGGAUUACAUUUUAAUGCAAAAUGGCAGGUUUGUGAUUGGCCUCAAAACGCGGGUUGCUCUAAUAAUGGUGGAGGCGGUGGAGGUGGCGAAGGCGGAGGUGGAGGUGGUGGAGGCGGAGGUGGAGGAGGUGGAGGCGGCGGAGGCGAUGGGGAUAAUGGAGGCGACGGAGGUGGUGGCGGCGGAGGCGGUGGAGGCGGAGGUGGAGGCGGAGGCGGAGGAGGAGGAGGUGGAGGAGGCGGUGGAUGCGAUGGAGUAGAUGGAGGCGAUGGAGGAGAUGGAGGAGAUGGCGGCGGAGGUGGAGGUGGCGGUGGUGGAGGCGGCGGAGGCGGAGGAGGCGGAGGAGGUGGAGGAGGUGGUGAAGGUGGUGGAGACUUUGACAAGCUGCCCAACGGCUGCCCAUCAGACUGGAACAUUAAUUGGCACCUUCCUCAUGAAUCUAACUGCAGCAAAUUUUAUCAAUGUGUCUUUGGGAAGAAAGUAAACAAAACUUGUCCUGCAGGAUUACAUUUUAAUGCAAAAUGGCAGGUUUGUGAUUGGCCUCAAAACGCGGGUUGCUCUAAUAAUGGUGGAGGAGGUGGAGGUGGUGGCGGCGGAGGUGGCGGAGACGGAGGUGGAGGCGGAGGCGGAGGAGGAGGAGGUGGAGGAGGCGGUGGAUGCGAUGGAGGAGGUGGAGGCGAUGGAGGAGAUGGAGGCGGUGGAGGCGAUGGAGGAGAUGGAGGAGAUGGAGGCGGUGGAGGCGAUGGAGGCGAUGGAGGAGGUGGAGGCGGUGGAGGCGAUGGAGGAGGUGGAGGUGGUGGAGGCGAUGGAGGAGAUGGAGGAGAUGGCGGCGGUGGAGGCGAUGGAGGAGGUGGAGGCGGUGGAGGCGAUGGAGGCGAUGGAGGAGGUGGAGGUGGUGGAGGCGAUGGAGGAGAUGGAGGCGGUGGAGGCGAUGGAGGAGAUGGAGGAGAUGGCGGUGGUGGAGGCGAUGGAGGAGAUGGAGGCGGUGGAGGCGAUGGAGGAGAUGGAGGAGAUGGCGGCGGAGGUGGAGGUGGCGGUGGCGGAGGCGGCGGAGGCGGAGGAGGUGGAGGAGGCGGCGGAGGCGGAGGAGGCGGCGGAGGCGGCGGAGGCGGCGGAGGCGGUGGAGGUGGUGGAGGUGGAGGCGGUGGAGGCGGUGGAGGCGGAGGAGGUGGAGGAGGCGGAGGAGGCGGCGGAGGCGGCGGAGGCGGAGGAGGUGGAGGAGGUGGAGGAGGUGGAGGAGGUGGAGGAGGUGGAGGAGGCGGCGGAGGCGGCGGAGGCGGCGGAGGCGGUGGAGGUGGUGGAGGUGGAGACGGUGGAGGCGGUGGAGGUGGAGGCGGAGGAGGAGGAGAUGGUGGGGGCGAUGGUGGAGGUGGCGAAGAAGGCGAUGGAGGCGACGGAGAUGGUGGAGACGGUGGAGGUAUUAGUGAAGAUGAUAGAUGCCAAAAAGAAUGCCAUGUACCCCACUGGCCACAUGAAAGGGACUGUGACAAAUUCUGGCGUUGCGACGGAAAAAAUAAGGUUCUUGGUGUUUGUUCUGAGGGUUUACAGUUCAACCCAAACACUCAGACAUGUGAUUUUAAAUGCAACGUCAAAUGUCAAAGUAAAUUCGUGCAGUCUACUGCACAAGAAGAUGGCUUGAAACUUUUCCUUCCUUGGGAUAAAGUUGAAGAAAUCGUUAUUUUAUCCAAGGACAAUGAAUUAAAUAUCAGCGAUGACUGAUUGCUUUAUUUUGCUUAUUUGGUUUGUUUCAAAAAAUUAUUGAUUUUUGAUUUUUGAUUGAUUUUUUUCUCAUAAAAAUUAUAAUGGAAAAAAAUAAAUAUAACUCAAAAGUACCGAGA